GACAGGGCGGAGUCACCGUGGAGAGAUUUGCGGAGGUUUGUUGGCAACAAGGAAGCGACGUUUGGAUUAAGCUCAGACUCACGACGCAAAACCCUUUGGUUUGCUCGUUAACAGACGUUCCUUAAUUUCCGCAUAGUUUCGUUGUUUUAAACUGAGUGGGUCAAAAUGUCCUCGUCGAUGGACUUGGAGAAACUGAAGAUGACGGGAGCUGGUCGGGCCUUAGCGGUGCUGACCAGCGGUGGAGAUGCACAAGGGAUGAACGCUGCUGUCCGAGCUGUGGCCCGAAUGGGUAUUUAUGUGGGGGCCAAGGUCUACCUCAUUUAUGAGGGAUACCAGGGCCUGGUCGACGGGGGAGACUGCAUCAAAUUGGCAAACUGGCAGAGUGUGUCCAACAUCAUCCAGCUGGGUGGGACUGUGAUAGGUAGUGCCCGAUGCAAGGCCUUCAUGACCCGUGAGGGCAGGCUUGCCGCUGCCUUCAACUUGAUGAAGAAAGGCAUCACCAACCUGUGUGUGUGUGGUGGGGACGGCAGCCUCACCGGAGCCAACAUCUUCCGCAACGAGUGGAGCAGUCUGCUGGCAGAGCUUGUCCAGAAAGGAAGGAUCCUAGACACUCAGGCCAAUAAGCACGGUCACCUGAAUAUCGUGGGGCUUGUGGGCUCCAUAGACAAUGACUUCUGUGGCACCGACAUGACCAUUGGAGCCGACUCUGCGCUGCACCGCAUCAUGGAGAUAAUUGAUGCUAUCACAACCACUGCGCAAAGCCACCAGCGCACUUUUGUUUUGGAAGUCAUGGGGCGCCACUGUGGAUAUCUGGCCUUGGUGUCAGCGCUGGCAUCUGGGGCAGACUGGCUAUUUAUCCCAGAGGCUCCUCCGCUGGAGGGCUGGGAAGAUCGUAUGUGUGACCGUCUAGCGGGGAGCCGCACAAAGGGAUCCAGACUCAACAUCAUAAUUGUUGCAGAAGGAGCCAUUGACACAAAUGGCAAGCUCAUCUCCUCAACUUAUAUAAAAGAUCUUGUGGUAAAACGGUUGGGUUACGACAGCAGAGUGACAGUGCUUGGACAUGUUCAGCGAGGAGGAACUCCCUCAGCGUUUGACAGAAUACUGAGCAGUAAGUUGGGUGUGGAGGCGGUGGUCGCCCUGUUGGAGGCGUCUCCCGACACCCCACCCUGUGUCAUUGGCCUGUCGGGGAACCACUCUGUUCGUCUGCCUCUAAUGGAGUGCGUGGAGCUGACCAAGUUGGUGCAGAAAGCCAUGAAUGAGAAGCGGUUUGAUGAAUGUGUCGCACUGCGUGGAGGGAGUUUCGAGAACAACUGGAACAUCUACAAGCUGCUUGCCUUCCCGAAGCCGGCCCAAUCUGAAAGCAAUUUCUCUUUGGCUAUUCUGAAUGUGGGAGCUCCAGCUGCAGGGAUGAACGCAGCGGUGAGGUCAGCUGUGAGAUUAGCACUCACUCAUGGACACAAGGUCUACGCUGUCAAUGAUGGAUUUGAAGGACUGGCCAAUGGAGCAGUUUUUGAGAUUGAAUGGCACUAUGUGGCUGGAUGGACGGGCCAAGGAGGCUCACUACUAGGGACAAAACGAACUCUUCCAAAAACAAUGAUGGAGAAGAUUGUGGAGACCAUUGGCAAGUUUAAAAUCUCAGCUUUGCUCAUAAUUGGAGGAUUUGAGGCAUAUGAAGGUGUGCUGCAGCUGGUUGAAGCCCGGGGUCAUUAUGAAGAGCUCUGCAUCCCCAUGUGUGUCAUUCCUGCCACCAUCAGCAACAACGUCCCUGGAACUGACUUCAGCAUAGGAGCAGACACCGCUGUCAACGCUGCCAUGGAGGGUUGUGACAAGAUCAAGCAGUCUGCCUCUGGGACUAAGAGAAGAGUGUUUGUGGUGGAGACUAUGGGUGGAUUCUGUGGCUAUCUGGCAACCUCCACUGGUAUCGCUGUGGGUGCUGACGCAGUCUACAUCUAUGAAGACCCCUUCAACAUCCAUGACCUGACUACCAAUGUGGAGCAUUUAACUGAAAAGAUGAAGAAGGACAUCCAGCGGGGUCUAGUACUGAGGAAUGAAAGAUGCCAUGAGAACUACACUACAGAUUUCAUCCAUAAGCUGUAUUCAGCUGAAGGAAAGGGCGUCUUUGACUGCAGAGUCAAUAUACUGGGACACCUGCAGCAGGGAGGGGUGCCUUCUCCCUUUGACAGAAAUUUUGCCACCAAGUUGGGUGUGAGGGCUGUCGAGUGGAUUUCACAGCAAAUAACUGAAAGCUUCCGACAAGGCCGUGUGUUCGCCAACUCAGCAGAUACAGCAUGUGUACUUGGCCUCAACAGGAAGGUCAUCGCAUUCACCCCCGUCACUAAACUGAAGGCUGAGACAGAUUUUGAGCACCGGAUGCCCAAGGUCCAGUGGUGGUUUCAUUUGCGGCCAAUGCUAAAAAUGCUGGCCAAGUACCAGACCAACUUCUGUGAGUAUGUCCCAGGAGAGAUUGCACAUGUGACUCGACGCUCCAUCAGCAUCGACUGUGGGUUCUAGGCUCUCUGAAACUACAGUAUACUUUCUCCAUUUUUAACCCUUAUCUGUCCAUUCUUUCUUUCUAUGCAGACUACACAUUUUAGGAAUGGCUUUUAAUCUGAUGCUAUGUGUGUUUACAAGUCUGAACCAGUAUAUUAUGUAAACAUGUACUUCAAGUAUUCAUUUAUUGACUGAGGUAUUUAAUGCAGAUACUCCUUAUGCCAAGAAAGCCGUUGUAUAGGCUGCCAUAAAAACACACCCAGGUGUUGUACUAAAGCAUUAUAUAAAACAAAUCAGACAUAGUCUGAUCCAUUUUCAUAGAAAAAGUGUGCAAUGCAUGUUUCUCGUUAACUUCUGGAGACCUUCUAUUAUGUGCCCAGUGGUUGAGAUAUGCUUCUGAUGCACUUUAUGUCAGUAUGACUCAGGGGACCAGUGAGAUGUUAGUUUCCUUUUACUUAUACACUGGAUGACUGAAAUCCUGCUUCUUUUAUUACUUACUGAACAAACUAAACAGCAAAUCACAAAAUAUUAAGCAGUUUAUUACACUGUAUUAAAAACUAUAUACUUCACAGCUUCUGAAACUGGUGAAAAAAAAUGAACUUGCAUUGUGUUUUUGUUAUUAAUGCUAUAUCUGUCUUCAAUAAACUCAUUC